CCGAUAAGUCCGCGGGUGGUCACACUACAACCCUUAACAACUAAUAAUUUUCGUGAAAAAUUUUCUUUGUUUUCAAACAAAAAAACAAUGGACGAGCUAUUAAAUGAUGUAGUACCACAAGAAGAUUUGGAGAGGUUUGAAAAAAAAUAUCACCAUGAGCUCGAGUUGGACGGAGAAGUAACUUCAGAGACAAAGUUUGAAUAUGCAUUUUGUCUGGUGCGUAGUCGUUAUACGAACGACAUAAGAAAGGGUAUUAUGAUACUGGAAGAGCUGGCACGAACGCAUCCUGACGGAAGGCGUGAUUAUAUUUAUUACCUAGCGUUUGGAAACGCUCGUAUUAAAAAUUAUACUGAAGGCUUAAAGUAUUGCAAAGCUUUCCUGGAGAUUGAAUCAAACGAUCAAGUGCGCUCUCUAGAGGAAUACAUUAAAAAACAGAGCGAUAAGGAAAUUGCAAAGGGAAUGGCGGUUGCUGGAGGAGCUGCCCUUGUACUGGGCGGCAUUUUGGGACUAGGAAUCGCAAUGGCUAGAAAUAAACAAAAGCGGGAUAAAUAGUGAAACAAAUCAUCCCCAAAACGAGUUUUCACGGAAUCUUAUUCCUUCCCAAAACGUGCACAUCACGAUGCAGACGCUGGCUCUUAGAGAAUUGUUUAAUAAUGAAGUCAUUCAUGUAUACAUAUAUUCCAAUAUUAACUUUUUUCUCUUUGUAAAGUAUUUAAUCGUAAGUUUUGUUAUUGUUAUUUGCACACUAUUGUCAAAUUGAAAUGAUAGGCACCAAUAAUGUUAAUUUAAUAAAUUAUACCACUGUUAUACUUA